AUGGAGGAACUAUUUGAAAUUUUGACAAACUUUUCCAUCUAUCAUAUGCUUACUUUCCAGAAUCAGGCAAAUCAUCUAGAUUUGCACAUUGACCAUACCUCUGUUCUCAAGAAUGGCCAAGCCUCCGAGACUCCUUUUAAACCAGCAGCAUCAGGCCAUAAGACUUCUCCAAAACAAUCACCAGCAUCUCGGCCCAGCCCACCUGGCCGACAGAUGUCGGCUCCCACUACAGGAUCCGCCUCCGAAACCGAUGAAGGAAUCGAAUCCAGUGCCAUCUCCUUUUUAAAGCCAGUUGGCCAAGACUAUAAUACCAGCUCGAGUAGUCAUGGUGAUGAUGCUGGCUGUAUCGAAGACAAGUGUGAAGGGAGCGAAGGCACUUGCGUUGGUUCUGAAUUCGGAACCAAGGCGAGUGAUGAGAGCUAUGACGAUUUGCGUACUGACAAAGGAUGCGCCAUUUGGCCUGGGACUAGAGAGAAGCAGGUGAAUGGUUCUUCGAUAUGGACGAAUCUGGGUUUACAGACUAGUGAUGCUCAUAUGUUUUUAUACCUAUUUCUAAUGCAUUAA